AUGUUCAAGCUUGAGGACGGAAUGGAUAAGGCUCUGGCCAGCUCUAACUUAAAAGGUUUGGAAGACUAUGUGGCAAAAUUGAACCCGACGAACCGAAACGAUAAAGCCUCGACGAUUCGGUUAUUUUCAGAGUACUACGGAGACGAUGUAGUGGCAAAAACGCUCGUGACUGCGCAGAAGGAGGCAAAGACGAUGGAUAUGGAGAAAACUGUCAUGCGAUUACGAAACAACCAACUUUCAGCCUGGCUGAACAGCGACAAGUCCGUCGACGAUGUUUUCGAGCUGCUAAAGCUUCGACAAGAUGGUUACUUAGCCCUCGCCAGUCCGAAGCUGGAGGCAUUAGAUGACUACAUGAAGAUAUUUAACCGUGUAAAACCGGACCAAGAAACUUUACUCAAUGUGCUGAUAAAAGGUUUCGGAGAGUCGGCAUUUGCGAAGAUGCUUGUGCAUGCGAAGGACGAUACCCGUACCAGCGAGUUGGCGACGGCAUUGCAAAACGCGCUACUGAACAAGUGGCUGCUCAGUAAAACUCAGCCCGAAAUCGUCCUAAAAAGACUGAGGCUUGACAAGAAUUUUAUGAAAGCCACGACAGACUUGAACCGAGAUACUUUGACGAGGUACAUUUCGAUGUACAACACCAGGAAUCCAGGCAGCCAGGCAUCGUUCAUUGGAACCCUCUCCAUUCAUUAUGGGGAUGAUGUUGUGUCAAAAGCGCUAGUGACUGCGUCCUGGGAAGUGAACACGAAAGAGAUCGCAAAACUACUACGACGUGAGCAAUUGAUUGAUUGGAUGAACAACGAGAAAUCCGUUGACGAUGUUUUCGAGCUGCUUAAACUACGUGACGAUGGGUAUUUCGCUUUAACCAGCCGUAAGUUGAGGGUUUUGAAAGACUACAUCAAGUUUUUCAACCGCGAGAAGGCUGGAGACGAAACUUUACUCAAGACAUUUACGACUGGGUUCGGUGGAGAAAGUGAAUUGGCUAAAAUGCUACUGACCGCAAAGAAAAAUCCGUCUACAGAGAAGCUGGCCACGUCGUUGCAGACUGCGUUAUUUGACGAGUGGCUUACGAGCAAACUACAGCCAGAAAACGUAUUGAAGAAGCUCAAAUUGAACGGUGGAAGAGGAGAUUUUCUCUCCGACCAAAAUGUAGAAACGUUGGCUACGUAUAGUUCGAUCUACAACGCAAGGAAUCCCGACAUCAGGACAUCGUUGAUUGAAACUCUCUCCGCCCAUUAUGGUGAUGAUGUUGUGGCAAAGACGCUCGUUAUUGCGAAGUAUGACCGAGCCACGAAUGAACUGGCGACAACGCUACAGACACAACUGUUGCAGACGUGGUCAAAGAGCGGUAAAUCUGCUGAGGAUGUUUUCACGAUACUGAAGAUUGGACCAAACGAUUUCUUGCCCAUGAAGGGCCAGAAGCUGCAGACUCUGUAUAGUUACUUGAAGAUAUACAACGCCAAUAACCCCCAAGACAAAAGGAGUAUGUUCAUGGUAGUACGAAACGGCUUUGGGGGUGAUGGCGGGCUAGCACGCAUGGUCGGUAAAGUACUGGCCACUUCCCAACAAAAACCUGAGGCUGCUUUAAAUUACCAGAAGGAGCUGUUCAAUCAGUGGUUCAACAGGAACAUCGAGCCGAGCAGUAUUUACACGAGAUUUCUCAACGUAGAGAAGGCGUCUGCUGGUGGUAUGGAAAAGGCCAUUGUAGCACGAUACAAGAGAUACUACAAAAAGAGGUUGGAUCAGGUUAAAGUUUUCGACGACCCGAGGCGUUCGUAA